AUGUUAUUAUAUACUUCAGGUUGUAUGGGUCGUGUUUUAUUAUACAAUACUCAACCACUUCAAUUUACUUCUCAACCAUUAUUUGUUUCUGAACUUACUAAUUUACCAUUUCAAUCAAUGGAACCAAUAAUACAUAUAUGUCACGUAAUAACAUAUCGAUCUAUUGGUCUUUUAUCAAAUCGAUAUUUUGUUUUAUGGCAAUAUACAUCGGAAGAAAGAAUAUUAACAAAAUUUUGUAAUCCAUAUCGUUAUGACUUUAUUCGUUGUCAUUAUAAUUCAAAAUUUGAUUAUAUAAUAUUUGCUUUUAUAGAUGGUUUUAUUUUAAUUUAUCAAAUACAUCAAAUGAAACCAAUACGUCGUUAUCAUUAUCAUUGGAAAAUGAUAACUGAUUUAGAAAAUAGUAAAGAUCAAAAUUUACUUCUUUCAUCAUCAAUUGAUCAUGUUAUUAAUGUUUGGAAUUUAGAAACUCUUCAACAUCUUUAUCAAUAUAAUGCAAAUGAGGAAAUAUUUCAAAUUGACGUUAUUCAUGAAAAUCUAUUUUAUUAUCGUACAUUAAAACAUAUUAUUCUUUUUAAAUUAAAUUUAAAUACAAUAUUAUUUUCAACUACAAAAACAAAAAUUAAAUCACUGAAAUUAUUUACCGAUAUGCACCGAACUGCACGUGUUACUGCUUUAUCUGAGGAUAAUUCAUGUAUACUUAUAUCACCAGUUAGUGGUUGUUGUCUGACUUAUGUGUCGAAUAUAGCUAAGAAACCGAUUAAGCAAAUAUUACAUGAUAUUAGCAGAUCAAGUAUCUAUUUACUUCAAUUUGACGGUGAAAUAGUUCUUUAUCGUGCUGAUAAUAAUCCAUGUGUAGCUGAAUAUAAAAUCCGAACCAAAUCAGAACAAUAUGCUAUUACUUGUAUGACAUUGAUUAAUCCAAUGCGUACACAACUCUGUAAUAUACAUACUAUGCAAACUUCAACAGAAAAAUCUCUUGAAAAACAAGUUGUCUUUUUUGGUCAUGCUAAUGGUUAUAUAUCUCUUUUUCAAGGUGAAUCACUAGUUAUGGAACCUAUAUUAGCACAUAAAAAUUCAAUAUUAUGUCUUGAAACAUCACGAGCUAGUAUGGACAUGUCAAAUAUAUUAUUUACAAAUUGUGAAAUUCUUCUUUCAUCAAGUAUAGAUCGAAUUAUUUAUUUAUGGAAUUUAACUAUAAAUAAAUCAGAUGACUGUAUUCAAUUAAUUCAUAUAUUAACUAUUGAACAAGAAAAAAAUAUUUCAUUUGAAUCAAUCAAAUAUUUAUCUAUGGUUGAUAAUUUUAUUGUUGCUAAUUAUUCAGAUCAAAGUUUUUUACAUAUUUGGCAAUUAUUAAAUAUUUCUAUUCGAACAAGCAUUCAUAAUCAAUGGGGUAUUGUUGAACAUCCAACAAAAGGUAGCCAUCAUCAUGGGCAAAUACAAGCUAUAACUGCAACACCGAAAUUAAAAUUAUUUGCUUCAUCUGAUAGUGAAGGAUAUAUAAAAAUAUGGGAUAAUACAAAUAGUUUAUUACGUGAAAUAUAUCUUGAUAAAUCACUUUGUGCUAUUGAAUUUCUUUUACAAAAUGGUGAAUUAAUUAUUGCUUAUCAAAAUAAUAUUCAUUUAAUAUUACCGGAAAAUUACUUACCUAAUUAUAAAAAAUUUAAAAUAAAACAACAAAAUAUUAUUAAUUAUAGUGCAGAAAAUAAUCGUUUAGAAAUUAGUCAACCGUUGAGUAUACCUUAUCAAUUAUUACCAAUAUUUGUUUAUCAUAUUAAAACUCAUCAUAGGAAAAAACGAUUACAAAGAUUUGAACGACAAUUAGAAGGUCUUUUUACUGUCAUUGAAAGUGAUAGUUCUGAAUCAGACAAUGAAAAUUCUCCGUCAUCAAAUACUGAUCGUUUAUCAACAAUUAGUGAUGAUUCGAAUUGGCUUGAUUUAGCUGAAGAUGUCAAAGACAUAUUGCGAAUGAAAAAAUAUGAAAUUCGAUAUGAAAACAAACAAUUAAAUACAAUAAUAACAGAUAAUAAAUGA